UGUCGUGGCCAUGGCGGCGAUGGCGAAAUUGGAGGCCGCCCAACUGCACUCCUGGGUGGAUCAGCUGCAGUCGGAGAAUCAGCUGCUGCGGCGCCAGCUGGAGGACGACGAAGACGCCAUGCUGAGCGCGGCGAGCGCCGGGGCCGAGGCAAAACGGAAGGGCCUGACGGUCCUCCUGGAACUGGCUGAGCCCUCUGUGGAUCCCUCGCUGUUGCAGCUGCGCCGCGCCGCCCAGCGUCUGCUGGCGCGGGAGGAAAGCAGCGCCGGGGCACAGCGCAUGCCACAAGCGAAAGUGCAGAAGUUUCUGAGAAGUGCAGAUGCGGCGAUGGCGCAAGACUUUGAAGCCGCCAAGUUGCGUCAAAGUGCUCUGGCCAUGCAGCUCGAAGUGCAGCGGUCCGAGCUUCAGGUGCUCCGCGAAAAGCAGAAGCGCCACGAAGAGAUUGUGAUUCAAGAACAAGAUCGAUAUGAUGCGGUGGUGGCGGAGAGAAUGAAAAAAAUCCAGCUUGAACUGUACCAAUUGGAUCAAGAAACAACCCAGCUGUCUUCAGAAGUGACUUCCAACGGUCCCGCUACAGAGGCGCUUCAUCGUUUAUUGAAAUUUUUAACUCCAGACAGCCUUUGUCGUGACGUGCUGUGGCGAUGGAGAUGUUUGUUGCCUCCAUGAUCUGGGAAAAAUCAGCCGAACGAGUUGAACUGCACGAGUUGAAGUCGCAGCCAACUGGAGUCCGCUGGAGAUCUGCAGAGGGCUUGGCUAUGACAAGGAGAGAUUUGGAACUAGAGGACGGUGAAUGAGAGCGACAGAUAGGAAUCAUGAGUGGCUGAGCGGAAAA